AUGGCUCAGAUGGAUGAGGAGGCGGCGGCGAAGGCGGCGGCGGAGGCGGCGGUGGAGGAGGCGGCGGCGGCGGCGGCAGAGGAGGAGGCGGAGGCGGCGGCGGCGGCAGAGGAGGCGGCGGAGGCGGCGGCGGAGGCGGAGGCAGCGGAGGCGGCGGAGGCGGAGGCGGAGGCGGAGGCGGAGGCGGAGGCGGCGCGAAAGGCGGAGGCGGAGGCCGAGGCGGCUGCGGCGACGGCUGCAGCGGCAGCAGGAGAGGUGGAGCAGCGGGCGGCGGCAGCCCUCUGCUGUGCUGGGGAUGAGGCUUCAGGCGGCGGCGGCGGCGGCGGGGAGGCGGCUGGCGGCGGCAUGGCUGGUGCGGAGGGAAUGGCUGAGCAGGAGGAGGAGGCAGCCGAGCCAGCAGCGCCGCCCUUGCAGAGGGAGGCGGAGGGCUUGCGCUUGCACCUCUCUAGCAGCAGCAGCACCGGCUACCAGAGUGUUUACAAGCUGCCCUCUGGCCGCUUCGCCCUCUCGCCCUCUGGCCCUCUCGCCGCGCAGAGCCCGCGGCUCUUUCUUGGCUCCUUCGGCACAGCGGUGGAGGCAGCUGCGGCUUACGCGAGGGCGGUCGGCGAGCCACCGGCGGCGUCAGAGUUUGAGGGCGUGCGCUUGCACCUCUCCAGCAGCAGCAGCACCGGCUACGAGGGCGUGCACAGGCACGCCUCUGGCAAAUUCGUGGCGACUCGGUACGACCACUGA